AUGGCGAUUCUUCUAGGUCCUCCCGAAAUCUAUGACUCCGCCCACAGCCACAAUGCCCCAUCGCCACCAUCAUCAUCCACCGUUAAUGUCACUUCCAGCGAUCCUUUCAUGGAUCAAGUGGUGGCUGAUUUUAACAGAAUCCAAACACGGUCUCAUCAAAACAUGGGCUUGACAGAGAAUAAUUCUCCCACCUUCAUCUCCUCCGGCGAUCCAUGUCUUGAUUUCUUCUUUCAUAUUGUUCCUGAUACUCCCUCUUCUUCUCUGAUACAGAGGCUCCAAUUGGCUUGGUCACAUAACCCCUUAACCACCCUCAAGCUUGUUUGUAAUCUCCGAGGAGUCCGAGGAACAGGAAAGUCCGACAAGGAAGGGUUUUAUACUGCCGCCUUAUGGCUUUACACCAAUCAUCCCAAAACCCUAGCAAUCAACGUCCCUUGUUUUGCUGAGUUCGGCUUCUUCAAGGACUUGCCUGAGAUUCUCUAUAGGAUCUUGGAAGGACUCGAUGUGCGAAAGCUUCAAAAAGGCGAAUGGCAUCAAAGAAAACAAAGCAUCAUAAAUUAUUUUCACAAGAAACAUCGAAGCAGAAAGGACAAGAAAGCAUUGUUCACAAAAUCUUCGAUUCCAACAAGGCAAGAGAAGAGAAUAGCCAUGGCUAAGAAAGUCAUACAAAGGUAUCAAGAUGAUGCUAACUUUCGCUUACUAUACGAUCACAUCUCAGAUCAUUUUGCUGAACGUUUGAAGGAAGACUUGGAGCUCCUCAAAUGUGGGGAAAUAAGAAACAUUAGUCUUGCUGCCAAAUGGUGUCCAUCCAUUGGUUCUUCCUUUGACCGUUCUGCACUACUUUGUGAAAGCAUUGCAAGGAGGAUUUUCCCUAGAGAAUCCUAUCAAGGGAUCGAGGAAGCCCAUUAUGCUUAUAGGAUUCGGGAUCGUCUAAGAAAGGAAAUUUUGGUGCCAUUAAGGAAAGUGUUGGAAUUGCCAGAAGUAUACAUUGGUGCAAAUCAGUGGGGCUUAAUACCAUACAAUAGGGUGCCCUCGGUGGCCAUGAAAUUCUACAAACAGAAAUUUUUGAAGCACGACAAAGAAAGAUUUGGCAAGUACCUGGCAGAUGUCAAAUCAGGCAAGUCCACUAUAGCAUCCGGUGCUUUGCUUCCUCAUGAGAUCAUAGCAUCGUUAAUUUAUGAAUGUGGAUAUGGAUAUGAAUUUGAUGAGAUUUAUGAAUGUGGAUAUGGAUAUGAAUUUGAUGAGGAACAAGUAAAUAAGGAACAAGUAACAGAGCUUCAGUGGAAGAGAAUGGUCGAUGACUUACUAAAGAAAGGUAAACUAAGGAGCAGUUUGGCCAUUUGUGAUGUCUCAGGAAGCAUGAGGGGAACACCGAUCAUGGUAUCUGUGGCAAUGGGGUUAUUGGUAUCUGAAACGAGUGAAAAGCCAUGGAAGGGGAAGGUAAUCACAUUUAGUGAGAAACCAAAAUUACAUGUGAUAAAAGGGAAGAAUCUGAGGUCCAAGGUAGAGUUCGUGAAAAGAAUGGAAUGGGGAAUGAACACUAAUUUUCAGAAGGUGUUCGACGUAAUCCUAAAGGUGGCAGUGAAUGGGAAUCUCAAGGAAGACCAAAUGAUUAAGAGGGUAUUUGUUUUUAGUGACAUGGAAUUUGAUCAGGCAUCGUUGAAUCCUUGGGAGACAGAUUAUGAAGCAAUCAAAAGAAAGUACAGAGAAAAGGGGUAUGGAUCUGCAGUGCCACAGAUAGUUUUUUGGAACCUGAGAGAUUCUAUGGCAACCCCAGUGGCUAGCAAUCAAGAUGGUGUAGCAUUAGUAAGUGGGUUUUCUAAGAAUCUGCUAAAAAUGUUCUUAGAUAAUGAUGGGGCCAUGAACCCUCAACAUGUCAUGGAAGCUGCGAUUUCUGGCAAAGAAUAUGAUAAAUUACUUGUGUUGGAUUAA